AGUUUAAACGGAUAGCGGAAAAAAAUGUCUUUUGAUUUCCGUCUAAAGUAACCUUCAGUUUUAUUAAAAAUACUUUUAAAUUUACUUCUGAGAUGUAACUUUAUCAUAAAAUGCCGAUAUUUUGCACGGAUACAUCGAGUGAAGUUCAGCAUUUCCCUAAGAGGCUACCAUGGAAUCAUUCAACGUGUACCCCUGAUAAUGUAUCGCACUACUGUUUUUUAUCGUCUGGUUGUUGAUAGUACGGUUUUCAUUUGAUUAUGCUGCGUUGAAAUUAGGGCUGUUAAAAUUGGAUUGGUUUUUAUAUGUAAAGCAAAAAUGAAAGACAUUAGUAAAACUUCUCGCAUCUACUGUUAUUGUGGUCAACUAGGAGACGAAAAGAGGAACAUGCUGUACUGUGUUAAAUGUAAGCGCUGGCUCCAUGAAGAAUGUGUCAAGUGCCUUGAUAUUCCAUUGCUGUUUGGUGAUCGUUUCUACAUACUUAUUUGUUCUGUCUGCAAUGCUGGGUCAGAAUGUUUGGCUCGCAUGGAAAUGACGUGGUGUGAUAUUAUACAUUUAGUGUUAUACAACCUCAGUCUCAUCCACAAGAAGAAAUAUUUUGAUUUGGACAAAAAUAUCAUGCCUUUUGUCAUAGAUAAUUGGGAAAAGUUACAUGUUUUAGGGCCUGCUGCUUCAGUAAAAUCUAUGGAAAGGCGAAAUAAAAUUUUGGAAGCUUUACUUAAAAACAGCAAAAGGUUCAAAUCUGGUCGAGAAAUAAAGAAAAGUAAAAAUAUCUUUGGCUUAAGACAAAAACUUCCUCCAGAAGCCCCUUCCGUUCAACCUUCAGCAGCUAAAGUUCAAAAUGAUGUUGUUGUUUGGGAAUUUUUAGUGAAAGAGAGAGCGUAUCAAAUCCUAACGUCCAAAAAAUCUAAAGGUACAAAAGAAACAACCAAAAAUGGAAAAUCGAGAGCAAAACUACAUCCAAGUACUCAAUCUCGUUCAAAAGAUAUUGUCUCCAAAUGCCGUGGUGGCCAUCCAUACAAUGAAAAUGGAAUUCAUAAAGCCAAACAUAGAGUAAAGCGCACCAAUACUUCUUCCUUCCGAGAAGAAUCUGCCCGUUGGGGGCUGCUGGACUCCCUCAUACCCGUCCCACCAGACUUCACUUCAGGAAACAACCCAUUUCUCCAGUCCUGUAAGGGAAGCUCCACAAAUCGCACAAACUCUCAGUCUCGUAAGCGGAGACAUAAUGGAGAGAACAUUUCUUCCAAAGCAAUCCAGAAUGACAACCAUAAACUGUCAAAACUGCCCCAUUCUGGAUCACUGCUCCAGAAGAAUAAUAGUGAGAUGUUUUCUGACGCCAAAGAUUAUUUAAGUCAAAAAUCCAAGGGUCGUGAUGUCUGUAUCUUAGGUAAAAGAGUCACAAGUAAUGGAAAAGUACAGUAUCUUUUACAACGCAAUAGGGAAAAGUUGGAGAAUGCCGUUCCAGCAAAGGAUCUUCUGUUUACGAUUACUUACUGUUGCCAUUGCCCUAAAUGUAAAAUUAAAGAAACUGUAUCUUAAAAGAAGUUCUAUGUGAAUGGCAAAUCUUUGAGUGUUGGAUGGCAAUUAAUAGUUGAAGCUUAAAAAAAAAGCUCUGAACAAAAUUUAGAUGCAUGUUAUAAAUUUUUUAAUUUAGUUAUUUUAACCUUGUUUAUUUCUUUUGUUAUGUGAACUGGCUGAAACUGUGGCGUUAUUUAGAUGCAAUUUUAUUAAAAAUUGCUUGUUACUGUUUUAUUAUAAAAACAAACUUUUUAAAAAGUUAUUUUCUCUCUAAAUGCUAAUGCUUUAAAUUUCUAUUAAUUGAAUAAGAAAAUUGAUUACCUGUUGGACUUGGGUUUUUUAACCAUGCAGCAUUUUAUACAUUGUAACCUUUUAAAUUUCAGGAUUUUUUUUAAUAUUAUGGAUGAACUUCGUUGUUUUUCCCUUGAUCUCAGCUGUUUUAUGGUUUGCUAUUUUAACAAUUAAUUGAUUUUUAACUAAUGUGCCUUUCUUGAGCUUUCUCUUCUGCUGUCAUACUUAGUUUGAUGAUCUAAUGCUUACUUGUUAAGCUUAAAUAUGUAUUGUGGCUAUACUACUGUGAUUGUUUUCUAUUAAAUAAAAUCAUUAUAAUAUUAAUGAAUCAUAAAGUAGAAAACAAAUAGAUUUGAUAUGAAGAUAUAGCAUUAUUUAUAUAAUAGAAAAACUAUAAUGCAGUGGGAUUUAUUACUUGCAAUUUCAAUAUUUUCAUAAUGUGUGGAAUGAAUUAUAGUCUGGUAUAAAUUUUUCAAAUUGUAUGUCACUCUAUAAAAUGACGUUUUUAGUAAUGUUUCACAUAUCCUAGCAUUUUCUAUCUUUUAUUGUAUAUUUUUUGAAAAGGUGCAUUCAUUAUUAUUCUACUAAAUGCAGAAUAAUUUUGGAGAUUGUUUGUACUUAGAUGAGUAAAAACAUUUAUUAUUCAGGAAAUCUUUCAAUAUAACUUCUGCUGUUUUUCUUUAUAUGUGCUGUUAUCCUUAUUUAAUAAUAGAUAUUAUAAAUGCAAAUGUGAAAUCCUAUGUUUUAAUCGCAACCUUUUUAAGAUUUAAAAUACUAUUUCAUUUUAUGGGCAGAUCCAUACUUAUUACUUUGAAAUUUCUUUGGAUAAUUUCACAUAUAUUUUCCCAUGUUUUUGUAUUCAUUUUCAAUGUUUUCAGAUGGUUGUUUUGCUAAUAUUAUGUGUUAGAAAUUUUAAUUGUUUUUAGUUGUUAAAUAUUUUUUUUACAGAUGGUCUACUAAUAUUUUUUUUUUUUUUAAUUUAUAUUUUGACUUCUAUAACUUCUAUACCAAUGAAGGAUAUUAUGAUUUCACCUCCCUUAUACCAAUCAGUCUCUGCUUUAACCACUAUGUCAUUGCAUCAUUAUGGAUAUACAGUACACUCCUGAUUAUCCGGCCUAGCUUUCUUUUGCCAUAAUGAAAUGAGGAAGGCAUUGGAAAUGUAUGUUUGCUACGAUCCUCUUGCUUGUCGUGUGCAAAAUACAAGUUGUGACAGGAAAAGAGCAGUGUUCUGCUCGUUGUUCAUUGUUUCGUCAGUGUGUAACAGACUUCAAUUCUUGCUGAUGUUCCUAAUUUUAACUGCACAGUAUUCGUAAAUUUUUCUUGGGGUAUGUUCAAUGUUGUUGUUGUUUUUUAAAGUGUACCAAAAUGAGUGAGAACAGGAAAAAAAGCUGUAGUGACUAUGGAGGAGAAAUUAUGCAUUAUACAGCAAUUAGACUCUCAUCCAACAGCAAAAACCAGCAACUACUUCUAUGAUUCACUGGACCGUGUUAACAUUCUACAUGGCUUAAGAUACAUGGAGGGUUUAGUACUCAGUAAGAAGUGAGAAAAUACAUAUUAUAACAGUGAGUUUUUGUGUAAAAAACUUUGUCUUCUGCUAUGGGAACUUAAAAAUGAAUUCAUAAAACUCCGGCCUAUCCAGCUUCUUUGUUAUCCGGCUUACUUUUACGCCACAUUAAGCCAGUUACUCCGGAGUGUACUGUAUUUGAUUGCUAAGGAAAGAAUAGUACUUGGCAGGAAUAUAUCUUUAGAAACAGAGCCAUGCUCUUGUGCCUAAAAAUAAAAGAAAUAAUUUCUCUUGCUUUAUUCCUUGAGAAAUAUCUGAAAAUAUAGAAUUUUCAGGAAAUAUCUGAUUUCUUCUGGCCUGCAUGUUGAAAGUUAUGUUGUAACUUGAUGAUACAAAUUCACAUUAAUAGUUAUAAGAUAGAAAGUGAAAUCCUUAAUUUUCAAUAUUUAAUGAAAAUAAAUUGCUCAAAGCAAAAUUUAAAAAAUAAACAUAUGAUUGAAUUGGAGAUCCUUUUUAAAUUCUUUCAAUUUAUAAAAGUUUCUUGGAUAUAAACAAUGUUCAGGUUCAAAGAAAAUUUUGAAUUUAUUUUAUAUUUAAAACUCUGAUAAUAAUAUAAUGAUCAUUAUAUUAUCUCAUUGGCAACCUUUGCAGAUUAAUAUACCAAAUUAUUCUUUCUAUUUGGGGAGAAGUAUUUACACAUUUUCCUGCUGUAUGCAUUCUAAGAAUAAAUGAUAUUUUUAUGAAGUCCCUUGAUUUGAUAAUGCCCCCCCCCCCCCUCCAUCUUCCCUGCUUUAUUGCCUUCUCUAUUGCACGUUUUCCCCCCUACGAUUGCUAUUAUUAUGCUGGUAAAUAUUCUCAAUAUUACUGUAAUUUGAACUCUUCCUCUUACAAUUUUUAUUUUUAGAAAUCUUGUAUUCCUUAAGAAAGAAGAUAAAUUUAAAAAAUAAUAUAAAAAUGAUAGCUGAAAUGUCUAUAUGAAUAAUAAAAUGUCGAUCAAUUUCAUAUAAUUCUUUGUUGACAGAAAUACUGAAAGAGACUGUAGAACUAAUAGGCUUCUUUCGGAAAUUCCAGAAUUUACAAAAUAAUUAAAUAAAAAUAUUUUUGAAAAGAAAUCCAGGUAUUAUUAACGAUUAAAACGCGAAGGAAAAUUGUUCUCCAAUAUAUAUUUAUAAUUUCUUUAUAAAAUUAGUAAUGAUGGAUUGAAAAUUCUAAUAAAAAAUCUGAUUAUGAUAAAUUUUUUUUAUUGA